UUAUGGUUCUUAUCUGUCAUGUUUGUUCUGUCAGGCUUGUCAAAUUCCAAACUGAACUUCUCUGGGAUAAUUUUCGUAUUGUGUUGUUUCUUAUAAAAUAAAUAAAUUUCUUCUCUUUGCAUAGUUACAAUAAUUUGUGUAAUUAAUGUGGUGUGUAUCCUAAAAAUCGUUUGUUAUUGUGAUCUUGUGUAUAGUGCCAAAUUGAUGUUUCGACUUUACUGGGAUUAUGAAUCAGGGUGAUCAAAAUAUAAACAAAGAUAUGAUUGAUUCUGACCUAAUCGACGUGGAAUCAUUGGAUUUUUCCGAUAGUCAAACAUGGUUGUACACAAUCCCGGGUGACUCCGGCAACAAAGUGGACAUUGUCGACUGGAACCUGUCCUGCGACUGGCCCCUCAGCGAGGACAAUGACUACAAGACACUGGAGAAGGACUUGUUUGCCAUACUUGACAAUAUACUUAAAAAUGAAAUCUACUCAAUGCCGGACAAGCACAAGUUCGACUCGCGAACGUACGUCAAACCGAAGAGGCGACCACAACGGCCCAGCAUCCAAAGCAUCGUCGAGGUUCCGUCGAAUCCACCUUCGAUGUCGCCAAACACGUCGCUCAACACGUCGGCCAACACGUCGGCGAACAAGUAUUUGACGUACAACAAGUACAGCAAUCCUUUGGGACCGGUGAGCCCCAUGCUCCGACUGAAGACGUUCAAUGUUGAUGCGAACACUGAUAACAGUACCACGGUGAAGGAGUACGCAAUGAAAAGGAGGAGUCUGGUGCAGGAUGAGGAUCCCCAGUUGGAAGAUCUAGAAGCGCCAUCUGCAGACGGGGACAGGUUGGCGGAGCACACUCCGUCCAAACCAAUCAACAUAGACCUCUCGCAGCCGGCGCACAAUCUCCACAACACAUUCAACAAAGGCCUUACAAAUAUAAUGAACGAGCGAGGCAGUCUCAACAUGUACCAGAGUGGGGAAUCUCUCAUGCGGAUGUCACCCCCCAGCCUGGUGUCUUCACUUCUCAUGGAAAGUUCUGGAAACUUCAACCCGGAAUCGCUGGAUGCAAGGAAAUGUCCCUCGCAUAGAGAUUCAGGUCCACCGACAAUCGGCCGUGAAAGCAUAGACCCUAUGAUGACAAGCAUGACCCUCAGUAUACUGGACGAGAAGGACAUGAGCACCAGCUUCCUCUCCCAGACCACUUACCCCGACAACGACAGCCUCAUGGACUCCCUACCCCCCAGUCUAGUCAGCUCAGUCAACUCCUCCUACGUAGUCUCCAACACCUCCAAACUGAACACUGACUCCAAUAUCUUCAGCUCGGCCACGUUCACCCAUCUAGAACAAUCCGAGAGACUCCUAUCGUCAAGACCGAGGUGCCAACUGUACAACAGCAUCACGAAACGCGAAUCACCGAUGCCCCGGAACUCGGAGAGCUACACAAAAUCAAAAGAGCAAGCGGUACAAAUCGAUUCGACGAAAAUUUUGAACGAAAACUGUGACAAGAAGGAUGCUACGAAAUCGCCGGAUAUGACAGAAACGAUAACGCUGCAUUAUUCCAAUAACAAGUUUAGAAAGGACAACGACGCGGAAAAGGAGAAUUUGAACGCCACGUUCCAACAAGACGAUGCGUUUUUCAAAGACAUGGGCAUGCAGAAAACUGUUGAUUUGGGUAGGAACAGUUUGAACGUUACGCUUGAUAAGCAAGAGCUGAAUGAGAUAAUACAGGCGCGGCAGAAGCUAUCGUUAGCUCGGAAAGCAUUGCCCUCCGAGCCUGAGAAAUCUGAUGCUCCGAUUAAAACUAUACAGUUACCCAAUCAGACUAUAACUGUGCCUAGGCAAAGUAUGGAGAACGCGUCGGAAUUGUUGUCUAGGCGGAGAUUGAAUGGGGGUUUUGACAGACACGAGGAACCAACGAGGGAAACGCCGAAAAGGAACGCCACCUUCAAGAAAGUGUCUCCGAGUAAAGCGGCGAUGGAUACGACGGUGGUGUACGUGAAGGCCGACGAACAGAUGAUCGAUAUCAACUCGGCGACUUUGAACCUUAUUGAUGCUAGUGACAGGACGUUGCAACAAGAGGAGUGGGGCUCUCAAGAGCGGGCUAUGGUGGGCUCGAGCGAGAGUACCGACACCGGCACCUUCAGCUCGUCCAGCCCGCCCGACAGCGUGCCCGACACCGCUGCGCAUGACCCGCGGUUGCAAAUAGCGUCCACGCCCCUUAUGUCUGUGCGCAAGGGGUCCAAAAACGACCUGUUGAACAUACACAGCACCAUAUCACCCAUUUACGACAUGGUGUCGGACAAAUCUUACACCGUCACAAAAGUGCAGAGUCCUCUAGAAAGGACUUACGAUAUGCACAAUGUCACGGUAUUGAAUAGUGCCACGAUGGUUAAGAGGUCGGCCAAACGGGACAUUUUGUCUGUAAAAGGGAGUCCGGAAAAGAAGUUUGUGAGCCCGCCGCUGAAAUCACCGCCUAGUAGGGUCUCACCGACGGGUACAGGCUCGUACACAACAAUGGCACCGCCGACCAACAUGCCACGGAAAACCAACCUGCCUACUUCAAAACUUAGGCAAUAUAGUUCACACAGGGAGCUUAGCAGGAUACCGGCGGGUAACCCCAGUGGUUUAGCGCGUCCAUCGAUCGGUCGGACCAUGAUCAGGCGGAACGUCUACGCUUCAAAUCCAGCGCUCAGUCCAACAUCGCCGGUGGCGCCACCUAUCCGACGAGAUUCUUAUACCGUCGCUACUGAUAUACAGAAAGAAGAGGAAAAACCCAAACCUGUAGCCCCUCCCGCGCUCGUGCGACAAGGCACUGAGACUUUGCGGCGAGAGCGACCGCAGAGCCAUCUUGUGGCGCCGAGGGAAUUACGUGUGCCCCACGCGACACCCAGCGGCCUCGCCGUGCGCAGCCAUCAGAUACCCCCACCGACCACGCGGCCUUACUCGGUGGCGGGUUCGUCGCAACUGCGCGUGGCGUCGCAAUCCAGGCCCGGUUCAGUGCCUAUUCACAAACCUACCAUAGCGGCGCCGGUGAGCAGCGAUCAGUCGCGACCGUCUACUAUGGAGGGCCAGGCGCGAGUGUCAGCCUUACCAAGACCUUCAAGGCUUCCAGCCCCAAGACGAGCUAUCAGGCCGCCAUCCGUCUACUCCGUAGCACCAACCGCGGACGUCGACCAAUACUGACGACUAAUCUGUUGUGCCAACCUGUUGGGGAAACCCUGACAUAACUAAAUUAUAGUUAAAUGUUAAAAUAGUAACUUUCGACUGAUGGUAAACUCGUGUCUUGAGAACGAUUCGAUUGCGAUCCGAUACUAUUCCCACUGUUUUGAUAUUUUGAAUUUGGAAUCCUUUUGUACCUAUAAUGCCAGUUUUAAAUUUGUAUUUAGAACAGUUUUGAAAAUUAUUGACAUAAUUAUGUAUUAGAAAUUUUGGUGAAAUGAUGUGGCAUUCUUUUUUUUUAUAAUAAUAUUUAAAUGUUAAGCGAAAAAUAUCAAAUGUUUUAAUAUUUUUAGUUCUGAAUCUUUUCUGAUGUUGGCUAUUGAGUAGUUAUUAAAAGUAAGAACUUAAGGGACUUAAAACGAUUUGGCAUAACUAUGAAAGGAAUUGAUAAUACUCAUAAUAGACAGUAAUCAUUAUGUAAAUGUAUCGUUUAAUUGAGUAUCGGAUCAAAUAACUACAGUGUAUUUUCUCUAGUUGACAUUAUAAUUUUGUAUAAAUAUUUUUCUAAAUUUUUAUGAACAUUUUUUUUUAUUAAAUAUUUACUUGACAUUCAAAAUUUUUCUUGUAAAAGUUUUGCCAAUGUCCUUUAUCGUGCCGAGGCGAAAAAAUUUCACUUUUCGUCUAUGAAAAGUCACUCAAUUUUGCCUCAUGCAUAUCUCUUUACGCUCUCUUUGUAGUUCUCAUACAUGAAGCUCAAAAUUGUAUUAGGAAUCUAUCUAAAAUACGAUUUGGUACAAAGACAUACAAAUUAAGAUAUUAUUCCUAUGUUAUUUACAAAUAGUUUUAGUGCGAGACGUUAACUUGGGGCUUAGUAAUUUAUUUCAUAGUAAGACGUUUUUUGCAUUUUGUUUAGAUAUUGUAAUCAUUUAGAAUGUAAUUUAAUUAUAUUGUUCGCUUUGUUAUAUAUAACUUUUUAAAUGUAUUGUAAAUCUUUAAACUAACUUCUGUAAUAUAUUAUUAUUUCAGAGUAUAAUGCACAAUGCUGACACAUUUUUUUAUAUUGAAAUAACUAUAGAAAACAAAAAAUUCUGCGUCCUGCUCGCACCUAGGCGAUACGACAGAAAAGCGCACAAAUUGUACGUAUUUUAUUUAGGUAUAUAUGGUAACACUUGUACAUUUUGUAAAUUUUAGCUUUCAGUGUACUAUGUAUGGUGUUUUUAUAUGUCUAUGUCUACAUAUCAAGCUAAGUAUCAGUAUAAACUUCCAUACCAUUCAUUGAUUAAGCUAGUUUUAACCCAUUCAUAUGUCCAUAACGGUCCAGUCAUUCUGAUUUAUUUUAUUCGCCCCGUGUUUGCGUACAUUAUUAUAUACCUCGCUCUUUUACUCUUCCUCCUAUUUUACAUCAAAAAUAACCACGCCCUUUCCCGGAGGGGUAGACAGAGUCUCUCAAAGUAAGUAGUCUUGCCUCUCGAAAUUAUUCAGAUUUACUAAGAAAACAAAAGUAUACUGGUUAAAUAUUAAAGAGGGCUUUUCCACAAACGUUAAGGUACAUCUUCUCUCCCUCUAGUUAGAAAGAAAGGAAAAAUAAUAUAUUUUGUAUCAACACUCGUGAAUGCCCCUUGACCUUCUCAAAUUCAUGUGAAUGGGUUAUAAUUCCAAAUUAGGUUUGAUAUUAAAGCUUAAGUGUAUGUGAAUUCGGCAUAUCUAUUUUACAUCGACGAUUAACCGGCCAACCUCCCCUGUAGCAAGGAACGCGCGACGCGUUUUUUAUCGCGCGAAAAACUAUCGCCGUCCCGUUUCACGGCAUAAUAAAAAGUGAAACAUCGGUCAUGCUUUGCGCGACAAAAACGGAGUGACAUGCUACGGGGGCCGAAUCUACCAGUGGUUUUUGACUUGCUAUAUUCGUUUGCGAAUACAUACUGUUUGUUUGAGGAAAAAAUACAUGAAGAAAUAUUUUUAUUAGAUAUUAUUUCAUUAAUAUAUAAACAUUCAAAGGAUUAACUGAUUUUCCUGACAUUUGCCGGCCGGAAGAGUUGGAACCUGUGACCUUGCAAAUCAGGCAGUCUUUUUUACCCCUGCAACACAGUAGCCCACCAAACUCCUAUCAACAAAUUAUAGAAAGCAAAAAUCAUGGUAGAUUUCUAAUAUUUAAAUAAAACCAUGUCCAAUCCUUGGAAUUGUAUAUUUUGUAAACAGUUUUUUGACUAAAUGGUAAUUUGAUAGACACACACAUUUGGAAUCGUCGGACCAAUGACAUUUAUUAAAAAAGGGCUGACCACAUUACCAAGCUAAUAAAUCGAUUUUACCAAUAACCUGUUAUUUUUCUUUGUAUAGGCAAAAUUAAUGGUCGCGGCGUGGUAGGCAUGUUUACAGAUAUGGUGGCAGUUCCUGAUUACCCCGCUGGGAUGUGGUGGAUCAUAAAUGAAUGUCUAUUGGAUCUCGAUCGAUCCCUACGUCGCAUGUGUAUCACAAUAACAAGUUCUGUACUACAUCUUACAGUUGCGAUUGAGACUAUAUCUUAUACCUCUGACAGUAGCACGUAAUAAUCUGCAAAGCGCUGGCGCAAGCAGCGUCUAUCUCUUUCUAACUUACAUGAAGACCAUUAGAUAAAAAUUAACUAAGAGAUACAAAAUUUACUUAUAAGCGGUUGGCUGUUCAGAUAUGGUACAGAACUCAGCUUACACCUGAUUGGUUCGCUGUAUUGUCCGCGCUUGUGAUUGGUGCGUCCGACUUUGUGCGUUGGACACGUCGUUGACGUCGUGCCUUAUUUAGGUAGUGUAAGGAAUUUUGUUUUCAUUUUCUAAUAAAAUUAUGUAUUUAAC